AUGAAAAACACUUGCCAUCAAAGAAUUUUAUCUGCAGUGAAAACGAAGAAAUCGCUGGUGAUAUUUGCGCUAACAAAUUUGGUCUUCUUACUUCAGCUGUACACACCCGUCGAGUAUUCCGUUUUCGACACCUUCUCGAAAAUAACGGGAUUGACUCGCAAAAACAAAACGAUUUUAAUUUGGAACAGCCCACAAAUUCUGGACACCGCCCCGUUUGGCUUGGGACACGAGCCUUUCAUCGCACACGGGUGCGAAGUCUCAGAUUGUAUCGUCUUUGACCAGCCAAAAAUUUUGCCUCUAGAAGAAUACGAUGCCAUCCUAGUGCAUGUGCAUGAGCUGUGGAAGACUCGCAUGCCAGAUUUCCAUAGGCAAAAGCAUCAGCGUUUCGUUUUUCUAACCCAAGAAUCGCCCAACUCGAUGCACACAAUUGACGUUACCAAAAUGGGGAAUUUUUUUAACUGGACCAUGAGCUACAAAUUAAAUUCGGACGUCCAGCUGCUUUACGGUCGCAUCCAUCCGGAAUCGACAGCUCCGAAAACACUCGAGGAGACGCACCGGAUGACUGAAGCGAUGCAUCUUCCAUCGGCCAGGAAUUACGCGGCCAAUAAAACUCGGCUGGUCGUCUGGAUGGCAUCUCAUUGCGCCACAAACAGUUUACGAGAAACGUACGUUAAAGAACUGAGCAAAUACAUUCCGGUUGAUAUUUACGGAAGAUGCGGCAAUUUGAGUUGCCCUCACAGCAAAACAAAUUACGUGUCUGAUCCAAAAUGCUACGAAAUGAUGGAAACGAAGUACAAAUUCUACUUGUCAUUUGAAAAUUCCAUCUGCAACGAUUACGUGACGGAGAAAUACUUCGAAAUCAUGAACCACAACAUGAUCCCUAUCGUUUACGGUGGGGCCAAUUACAGCCAAUUCACACCCCAUCAUUCGUACAUCAACGCCCUGGAUUUUACACCGGAGAAACUGGCCCAGUACCUGCUGUUGCUCGACGCCAACGACAAUUUUUACAACGAAUAUUUCUGGUGGAAGGAUCACUACCGAGUGGAAAGCGGAGUGGAGCAAAUGGCGCAACACGCUUUCUGCGAUCUCUGCAAGAAACUUCACCAGGACGAGAGUGUAACCAAAUUCUACCCCGAAUUAGUGUCGCAAUGGCACCCAAAAACACAGUGUAGAGAUUUUAGUUCUUGGGAGAAAAGUACAACUACAUCAUCUAUACUUCUGCCAUAG